AUGUCUACCUUCGAAAACUUCCCUCUCGAUGACAGCUUUUCCAUCUCCUCAUCAUCCCCCAUCUCGAGAACUAGCACUCCAGCAACUGUUCAUUCUGGGUUCUCCGAGACAAACUCUCGCACAUCCCCCGCAUCUCCUAGCGAUGAAUUGAUUCUUGUAGUUGGUGGACUUGGAUAUAUCGGAAGCCACACGUCCUGGGAACUUCUGAAGACUGGACAAAAUGUGAUCAUUAUUGACAACAACUGCCACUCUGAGCUCAGCGUCCUCGACAAACUCGACAGCCUUGUGGAUUCUCACUACAAACUAUCUGAAGCCCAACCAAUAUUAGAUUUCUACCAAGUUGAUUACCGCGAUCAAGAACAGAUGACUUCUAUCCUUUCCAAGUAUAGGAAUGCACCAGAUUCUGCCACUAAGUCAAAAAUAACCGGUGUCAUCCACUUUGCAGCCUACAAAUCAGUCGCAGAGUCCUUCAAAAAGCCACUUCAAUAUUACUCAAACAACGUUGCUGGCCUCGUUGAUUUCUGUACCAUCCUUGGAGACGUCGGUAUCAAAAAUCUCAUCUUCUCCUCCUCGGCAACUGUCUACGGUGAACUAGCGAGUCAAGGCAGUCGCCUCACCGAAUCAAUGGCGGAUAACUCGUCUUGUCACGGUCUUACCAAUCCAUACGGCCGCACCAAGUGGGUCUGUGAGGCCAUCCUCAAUGACCUUGCGAGCAGCGACAACGAAUGGAAUAUAACCGCUUUGAGAUACUUCAACCCCAUCGGUGCGGACGAGAGUGGGGUGCUCGGCGAGGACCCCAGUGGCGAGAACUUGAUGCCAAUUGUCGUCAAAGCCAUGUCCGGAAAGCUAGAGGCUCUCAGCGUCUUCGGGACCAACUGGGAUACACCGGAUGGAACAGCCAUCAGAGACUUCAUCCACGUGUCGGAUCUGGCAAUGGGUCACCUAGCGGCUCUCAAGAAGUCCACUGGGCCGGAUGCAGAGACUGGGUACCAUGUCUUCAAUCUUGGGUCGGGAACUGGGAAUAGUGUCAUGGAUAUUGUUAGCUCGAUGCGAGAAGUCUCCGGUAAGGCAAUUCCAAUUGUUGAGAAGGGGAGGAGAGAAGGAGAUGUUGGCGUCUGUAUCGCUGAACCGAGUAAGAGCUGGACUCAGUUGGGGUGGAAGACUGAGAAGAGUCUUAAAACUGCUUGCUAUGAUGUUUGCCGAUACCUCGGAUAUGUUUCUUGA